AUUCAUUCAUUCAUUCAUUCAUUUGCUUACUUACUUACUUACUCACUCACUCACCGGACUCUACGGAGAAGACCGCUUGUUCGCUUCGCUUGUCGAUAGCCACCCCGCCAAAGCCAAUCCAAUCCACCAUCACAUCACGUAUGAUCUUGUGAUCGUUGAUCAUAGACCAAGAAAUAUUCUUACUCAGAAGUGAAUCUUGCAGAGAAUAAGAGAUUGGGCUGUUUUGACCUCUUGACUGCUACAAAUACUUGAUACAUCAUUGCCCCAGACACUCAAUCUCUCCUCUUAUUCUCUUCUUCUUACAAGCCAACCGCUCACCAUCGUCACCACUUACAAUAACCGCCAGAAUGAUGCGAGGAGAGAUUCCUUCACGGCAUCACAGGGCCUUUGGUCAGCGAAGACUCGCAAAGAACCCAAAUCUUCAACGAAAGCUGGAACAGAUGGCUCUUCCACUUGCACCUCUUGUCCAGCUCACCACAGGCGCUGUUCAUCCUUCUUUUCCCACCACGGUCCUCAACUUUUGGCUCCUCACCGAUGAGCAGCUAGAGUCUCUUGCACAUUUCUACCACCAGAGGACGCCAUCGCCUUGGACAAAUCAGUACCCCUGCCCAGUCACCUGGAGAUCUGAUCUGCCUCUUGAGGAGAAGCGACGCAAGAUGGGCAAGUUUAUCGGUCUUCGGGGCUGUGAAUCCCCCAUCCUUCUUAAGACGGAGGAGGAGAUCCUAGCAGAGGCACGAAAGGCGAGACUCGCAGCCGAAGAGGAUCUUUGGAGGCGAAAACACUUUUCCUAAUGCAUCAAGCAAUCCGAGGCAUACGGUGUUACUGCGGUUAAUAACGGAGGACAGUCUGCUUUCAAUCUUUGGGGGUAUUGGAUUUAGAGGAGUUUUACAUGUCCUUUCUGCGUGUUCUUUGCAUUCUUGUUACUGCAUCUUGGGUCGGUCGCAUUGCUAGACAUGGCCACUAGCCAGCGUGCAUCACUGCAUUUUCAAGGGAGUAAGGCGAGGCGAAAG